UAUAAAAAAAAUCUUCGGUUAUUUUCGCGUCUCAUUUUUUUAAGACUAGUGUUCAGUGCUUUAGCGGAUCGUUUUUUCUGUCUGCAAUGGUCUGUCGUCGUUGACCGUAAUUUGGAGCCGAAGUGACGCGCCAUGCCUCGAACCUGGUUUUUCCUAACUUAUUUCUUUUUGAUCGUCUGUUACGUUACCGGUUUCCAUAUCUCCAUCGUCGAUGCCAGAAAUAAUCAACGGCCGCCGAUGGUCCUUCCGCUACGUCUAUCAUCACGUAACCAUUCCCUGCAUAGACACGUGGACAAUCUCCGCCGUCAUCUGCAGCAAUCAAAGCUCCCCCGUUCCACUACAAAUGCUCGCACGAGACUCUACGACGAUCUCCUAUCCAACGGUUACCAUACGACUCGGCUAUGGAUAGGAUCGCCUCCUCAGGAAUUCGCUCUUAUCGUGGACACCGGAAGUACAGUAACUUAUGUUCCUUGCUUUAGUUGUUCACAUUGCGGCGACCAUCAGGGUCCGAGGUUCCAACCAGAUAUGUCUAGCACUUAUCAACCUGUAAAAUGCAAUCCAAGUUGUAACUGUGAUGAUGAGAAAAAACAAUGCACUUAUGAUAGACGGUAUGCUGAAAUGAGUUCCAGCAGUGGGGUGCUUGGGGAGGAUCUUGUUUCUUUUGGGAAUGACAGUGAACUUGCGCCUCAGCCUGCUAUCUUUGGUUGUGAAAAUAUGGAAACAGGGGACCUUUACAGCCAACGAGCUGAUGGUAUAAUGGGUUUGGGUCGUGGGCGACUUAGUGUCGUUGAUCAACUUGUAGAUAAGGGUGUUAUUGGUGAUUCCUUUUCUUUGUGUUAUGGAGGGAUGGAUGUUGGUGGGGGUGCAAUGGUUCUCGGAGAAAUCUCUCCUCCUCCUGACAUGGUUUUCUCCCAUUCAGACCCUUUCCGCAGCCCUUACUACAACAUUGAGCUUAAGGAAAUUCAUGUUGCUGGAAAGCAAUUGAAUUUACCGGCUGGGGUCUUUGAUGGUAAGCAUGGAACAGUCUUGGACAGUGGAACAACAUAUGCUUACUUUCGCCGAGACGCCUUUUCUGCAUUUAGGAAUGCUAUCCUUAGUGCAAUUCAUUUUCUCGAAAGGAUCCCUGGUCCUGAUCCUAAUUAUCAUGAUAUCUGUUUUUCUGGUGCCGGAAGUGAUGUUUCACAACUAUCAAAAAUUUUCCCAGAGGUUGAGAUGGUGUUUAAGAAUGGAAAGAAGUUAUUGCUGUCUCCAGAAAACUACCUGUUCAAGCAUACAAAGGCUAGUGGUGCAUAUUGCUUGGGAAUUUUCCCAAAUUCAGAACCAACAACUCUUUUAGGAGGAAUUGUCGUCCAGAACACCCUUGUCACUUAUGAUCGGGCUAAUGACAGGAUAGGUUUUUUAAAAACUAAUUGUUCUGAACUAUGGAGGAGAUUGCAGUUCUCUGUUGCACCGGAACCGGCUCUUUUAGUCUCACAAAGCAAUGAUACUAACAUGGAAAUUCCUCCUGUACUAUCCCGAAGUGCAUCGACAUGGAAUAUUCUUUCAGGUCCAUAUCAUAUUGGAUUUAUAACAUUUGGUGUGUCAAUUAGCACCGCCGAUUCCAACCUGAAGCACAACCUCAAGGAGCUUGGAAAAUUAAUUUCUGAGGAACUGGAAGUUGAUGAUUCACAGGUUCGACUGCUGAAUGUCACCUCCCACGGGAAAGACUUCAUUGUUAGAUGGGGAAUUUUUCCUGUUGCAAAUGCUAAUUAUAUUUCUAAUACCACCGCACUGAGCAUCAUUAUGAGGUUAAGGGGUCACAGAAUGCAGUUACCAGAGAAAUUUGGAGAUUAUAAGUUGGUUGAAUGGAAUGCUGAACCUCAAAGGGAGUUGUCAUGGUGGCAACAUCACUUUCUUGCAACGUUACUUGGAUCUGUAACAACUCUGAUUCUCAUUUUAUCAGUUAUUUGCAUAUGGUUGGUCCAUCAGCACCACCAACAAGCAGCUUAUGAGCCUGUUGCUGUUGGUGCUUCUAUACCAGAACAAGACCUUAAUCCUGUUAAAUCUUAAAAUGUUUAACGGUGCGAAGUUGUUUGCUUUCAUGGUUAUCUUGUAAUACUACAUUACUAUCAUGCACGCACUACAUGCUUUUGAAGUUAUAAAAAAUGACGACGAUGAUGCAUCCAAGCCAGAACUACCCAAUCCCCAUGUUGUAAAAUUUUU